AUGCGACAUCUUUCAUUAUGUGCCUUUGAUAGUAUGUUGAAAAAACUAAAAAUAAGAAAGGAUAGAUUGCUAAAGAAUUCUGCAUUUCAACAGUCCACCAAAAAGAGAGAAGUAAACAAGGAAUCGUCAUCGACUUCCGAUAAGUCUAAAGAUUCUACAGAAGAUAGGUCAUAUAGAGGUGUUAGAAAAUGUUCAUGGGGUCGCUGUGUUGCAGAAAUUUGGAAUUCUAAAUUGAGAAAACGUCAAUGGUUGGGAAGUUUUGACACAGCAGCAGAAGCUGCUAUUGCCUAUGAUAUGGCUGCAAUAUCAAUCAAAGGGAGCAAAGCAAUUACAAAUUUCAUGCACACUGAUUCAAACUCACAUAAAUAUUCCAACAAGCAAUCUACAACUCAUUUGCCUAACUGA